AGCCAAGUAAUGACUCAUUAUAAACACUAAAGAAUAUUUCCAUGUGUGGUAGCUUUUUUCUGCUCUUGACAAGCUACUACAACUUUGUACAAUCUAAAAUAUGAUGAAUAACAAUAUAUCUUGGGUUUGGAUGUUACUCCUCUUUCUUGGUUUUGCAUUUUAUAAUCUUUCAGCUUCACAGGCAAGGCCUAUUUCCAGCCAUCAUCCAAAUGCGAUUGUUGCAGGAACUGUUUUCUGUAAUGCUUGUUACCAAAAGGAUUUAUCAAAGGCCAUUUCAGGAGCUAUUGUUGCAGUAGAAUGUGCAAACUCAGGCAAACGCUCAGGAUUUUACCAAGAAGUGAAGACAAAUAAGCAUGGCAAAUUCAGAGUACACCUUCCUUUCAUGGUGAACAAACAUGUCAAGCACAUUACAGGAUGUUCGGUCAGCCUAAUCAGCAGCGGCGAGCCACGUUGUGCUGUAGCAUCGACAUCAUCAGCUUCAUCUUCUUUCCGACUGCACUCAAGGAAAAAGGGAACACAUAUUUUCUCUGCUGGAUUCUUCAAUUUGCUCUGCAACCAAAAGCCAAGCAUCCAUAGUACUAGCAACAAGAAAGAAGCAUUAUAUGAUCCUCACAAGUCUUUAACUUCAAGUACUCCUAAUGAUCAUACAUUUUCUCCAACAAUGUCAAGUUUUCUUACCAUAAAACAAGAGUUUCUUCCACCUCUUCCAAGAUUGCCUCCUCUUCCAGAGCUCCCACCUUUGCCACCACUUCCACUACUUCCACCAUUUUUUCGUUCACCUCCAAUGUCUCCACCUUCAAUAUUUCCGCCAUUUUAUCAAUCACCUCCAAUGUCUCCACCUUCAAUAUUUCCACCAAUUUUUCGUUCCCCUCCAAUAUUUCCUCCAAUUUUCCCACCACCUAUAGUAGGUUUAACUCCACCACCUAUACCACGUUUAACUCCAUUACCACCACCUCCGCCACCAACCUUCACAUUCCCUCUCUUCCCUCCGUUCCCGUUCCGUCCCAUGCCUGGCUUCCCUGGAGUUCCUCCAUCUCCGGACAAGAAGAACUCCCCUUAG